CUUUUGGUUCUUUUUCUUUGCAGGUCAAAAUGUGAGCCAGUGGACAGCGGACAGUCGAGAAGCGCACCCCUGUGUCGUCUGCUGGGGACAAGAUACCUGGCCCUUGACCUCACUGUUGCCCUCACUGUUGCCCCCACUGUUGCCCUCACUGUUGCCCUCACUGUUGCCCUCACUGUUGCCCUCACUGUUGCCCUCACUUCGUCAGCUGACGCACAUUCUGUCAGUCCCUCCUGGUCUGGGAAGAUGUAGGGUCCCAGUGGCCUCCGCCACAAAGCUCAACUCUAACCUUUGACCUAGCUACCCCCAAAACUGCAGGAUAGAACCAUAUGUGGUGUCUUCGUCCUAGCUUGUACCUUAGUUCUACUCGUGGAACAACCGCUCAACCGUGUCGCCCUCUCGCCCUCUGACUAGCCCUGGCAAGCUGGUCGGCGCCAUCUGUGUUCUUUAGCGCGUAGAAACAAGCUCUUGGUUUCUUUCUGGCAACUUCCAACAGCAACUGAAGGAGCCGCGGGAGCUGGCACCAUGGGCUGGAGGUGGUUCAGCGUCGUUCUCACUGCUCUCUUCUUCGCAAUGGCCUUGACCUUCAUGGCUCAGAACUGGACGCCGUCUUCCCAAGGCUCCGUGGACGCCGCUGCCGUGCCGCCCACCCUGGACACCCCUAUAGGACGGUUUGUGGGCUCGGUCUCCGUGGCCCCGCACAACGGUCACAAGUACAUCGCCUACAUGGGCAUACCCUACGCUGCACCGCCUGUGGGGGUGCUCAGGUUCACUCGGCCCACGCCGGUGGCGCCCACGAGGCAAGGAGAGGCGGUGAACAGCUUAGCGAGCAAACCGUCGUGUUGGUCGGUGACCAAGUCUGCCACAGACCCGCGCUAUGGCGAGGACUGCCUCUACCUCAACGUCUACGCUCCUUACGAGGACAUGAGGGCCGUGCAGUCUGGCCGGGGGCCUCGCCUUCCUGUCAUGGUCUGGAUCCACGGCGGAGGUUUUGUCGCCGGCUCCGCCUUCCCGGAACCUGUGAAGCUGGUGACUAGAGGUCAGGUCAUUGUCGUCAUGGUCAACUUCAGGAUGGGAGUUUUCGGGUUUCUGACCACAGAGGACGAUGUGGUGCCUAGCAACAUCGGUCUGUGGGACCAGUCCGUGGCCAUCAAGUGGGUGCGGGACAACAUCGAGCACCUCCACGGAGACCCGGCCAGCAUCACUGUGUUCGGGGAGUCGUCAGGCGCGUCCUGCGUGGCUCUGCACGCCCUCUCGCCCGUCUCCUCCAAGUUGUUCCACAAGGCCGUCAUGCAGAGCGGCGCCGCCUCCUCCCUACUGUCCAGGGACGCGAGACAGCGGGCCGCAGAGUUUGGGGAGAUGGUCGGCUGUCCAGGCACGGGCGAGAAGUUCCUCCAGUGUUUGCGGAACGUGUCAAUCGCGGACAUACUGCGCCACGACAAGCCCGAUUCCUUCAACAUCUCGCAGGCGCGGAGACAGUUUGACUUUAUCUGGAUGCCGGUGGUGGAUGGGGAGAUGGUUCCUGGCGAGCCUCUCUCUCUCCUCGCCAACCGCUCUCACCUGGCUCAGGUGGGCGCCUACGACAAAGAUUACGUCAUUGGCAUCCUAAACGACGAGGGAUCCUUGGUGCCCGAGAACUUCCUGCACAGAAUUCCUCUCUCGGAGAUAGCCCCUGUCGCUUUCUACAACGACCUGACCCAAGCUUUAGUACACAACAGGUAUGGGUUGAAUUCUUCCGCAGCGCACAUGUUACAGAACAACAUUAACGGAUUUUACCUUGGAGUUGAGAAGCCAGUCGGAUCUGUGCAUCCCCACAAAGUUCUGGAUCUGGCGUCGGAUUUGUUGUUUUUCCUUCCCGCUCUCGAGACUGCCCUGGCGGUGUCCCAGUGUUCCCCGGAGCUGUCAGGUGAGGCUGGGCCCUGCUCCUUCACCCCGGCCUCUUCUAGCGCUCCGGAUUGCUCACUUGCGUCCUCAUUAGCUGCUUCACCAACAACAACAACUACAACAACGACAACAACAGCAGCAGCAACAACAACAACAGCAACAUCAACAACAACAGCAGCAGCAACAACAACAACAACAACAACAUCAACAACAUCAACAGCAGCAGCAGCAGUCUCAGCAAGGACGUUCUUCUACCACUUGGACUACUGCCCCGACAAGCCCCCGUGCAGUGCCCCUUGCAUGACGCACGGUUCUGACGUGGCCUACGAGUUCCCCAGGACCGACUUCCCGGACCCGGACCAGCAGCACCUGUCUGACCUAUUUGUUGACCUCAUUACGUCAUUCGCCAAGACGUCGGACCCUGGGCAGGCGGUCAGCUGCGGAUGGCCGCGGUUCGAACCGGACACCAGGAAAUACCUCCGAAUUGGGCGCAGCCCGAGCGUCCGUCAGUUUCUCUACGACUACAGGUCCACCUUCUGGCUCAUGUCUGUCCCCGCCCACCUCCUGAACUGACCUCUGACCUCCCGAACUGACCUCUGACCUCCCGAACUGACCUCUGACCUCCCGAACUGACCUCUGACCUCCCGAACUGACCUCCCGAACUGACUGCGCCGGACGCACUGUUCACAAACUGUUAUAGGGCAUCUCCAAAGCUACACACCUAGUGUUUGACAUACUCGUACACAUCUAGUUAUUGACCUACACAUACACACUUAGUGUUUGACAUACUCGUACACAUCUAGUUAUUGACCUACACAUAGACACCUAGUUUUUGACGAACAUGUACACACGUACUUUUUGACACACAAAUACACACGUACUUUUUGACACACACACAUCUACCUUUUGACAUGCAUGUCACACAUCUAGUUUUUUGACAUACACACCUAGUUUUUGACAUACACGUACACAUCUAGGUUUGUUUUUGUUUUUUAUUCUCUCGUGCUUGACGCCCAAGAUUUGUUCGUUUUUGUUACUGCUCUGUUCGCACCGGACAUGUGUGCCCCACGCACUUCCUGCCUGCCACCCACUUCCUGUCGUGUCUAGACCAUCCACUUCCUGUCUGUCACCCACUUCCUGUCAUGUCUAGACCAUCCACUUCCUGUCUGUCACCCACUUCCUGUCAUGUCUAGACCAUCCACUUCCUGUCUGUCACCCACUUCCUGUCAUGUAUAAACCAUCCACUUCCUGUCAUGUAUAGACCAUCCACUUCCGCAGACUGAACGAGACAUUAAAAAAAAUUAAAAACAAAAAUAAAGUGAAACCCCGCUGGGUUCUAAACGUGA